AUGUGCUUCCUCACCCGUGGGCUGGCACUGCUGCUGGCUGUGCUGCUGUGGGCACCGUGGUGGGCGCUGCACGGGGCACCGCUGACCGAGCUCUCAGGGGACCAGGACUUCCAGCUCUUCCUGCAGAGGAACCUCGAGUUCACCCGCAAGAUCCGCGGGGACGUGGCUGCGCUGCAGCGCCUGGUGUGUGACACCCUCCAGCUGUGCAAGGAGGACGAGCUGCUGCUGGUGCGGCAGGACCUGGACAUCGCGCAGGCGCCGCUGGAGCAGUGUCACAAACGCACCUUCCAGGCAGAGACCUGCUUCAGCCAGAUCCGCGCCGGCCUCCGCGUCUACCACGGCUCUCUGGCCACCAUCCGUGCCCUGCUGCCCGGGCACGCUGGGCUGGUGGACACCCUGCAGCUGGACAUGGCCAACCUGUCCUCCAACAUCCAGCAGCAGAUGGAGGACCUGGGCCUGGCCACGGUGACGUACCCCACAGAGAACCAGGACCCCGUGCCCACCUUCUCCUCCCAAUUCCACCACCAAGUCGGCGGCUUCUUCAUCCUGGCCAACUUCCAGCGGUUCCUGGAGACGGCGUACCGGGCACUGCGGCACCUCGCCAGCCUCUGA